ACCAAACACACACACACACACACACACACACACACACACACACACACACACACACACACACACACACACACACACACACACACACAGAGUGACUGAGCUGGUCCUUGUUGAGCACAGAGCUCAUGGCUGUCCCUGGCUACAACACACGCAGACGCACACAGUGAAGGAACACCCAAAGUGACAACCAACAAGAACGUCUUCUUACCUGCAAUGGGAAUCUAACAGCCAGCUUAUAGUGAACCUGUCAAAAAGCUUUAUCGAGGCGGAUCAUAAAGCCAGGAUGAAGAUUGUGGAAGCCAUUUCAGUCUUCCUGCUGGCUCUGGUCACCUCAAGUUACGGGAUACAGAGAGCGCCUCGAAUCAUCACCUUAUUAGAGACAGUGGAUGUACUGCUAGAUCACAAUGCCACCUUCAUCUGUGAGGUGGAGUCCCGUCCCCCCGCUGAAAUCACUUGGACCAAGAAUAACCAUCCAAUCAUGUAUUAUGACCCCCGGUACAUUACCAGGGAACAGGGACAGAUGCUAAUCAUCCCUCAUGUAAGAGAGUCAGACAACGGCGAGUACUGCUGCAUCGCCAGUAACGGCAUCGGAGAGCCGGCCAAGAGCUGUGGAGCACUACAGCUAAAGAUGAAGCCACAGAUCAAACGUCAUCCUACCAAUGUAACCCUCCUGGUAGAAUCCAAAGCAGUGUUGCCCUGUGUUACCCUCGGCAACCCCAAACCAGAUGUCACCUGGCUCAAAGACGAUGAGCUUAUCAAAAUCACUGACCGUGUUACCAUUCUCGACUAUGGUGCACUCAAGAUCCAUAACAUACAGAAAGAGGAUGCAGGCCAGUAUCGCUGUGUGGCCAGGAAUAGCUUUGGUUUGGCCUUUUCAAAGCCUGUCACCAUAGAGGUACAAGCACCAGCACGAAUCCUGCGGGUUCCUAAGGAGAAGAGGGUAGCGUAUGGCAGCCAGAUUUCCCUGGAGUGUAACGCCACGGGAAAUCCAAUCCCUACCAUCACCUGGCUGGAAAAUGGCAAUACCAUCUCAGGUGCAUCGGUCGAAGACACUUUGGUGGGAGAGGUGAUCCUGUCCGUUCUUAAAGUGACAGUGAACAAGCCGGCUCUGUAUACAUGUCUGGCCUCCAACAGACACAGUGCCGGAGCCAACACUGUCAAGGCAACUGCUAGAGUCACUGUCGCAGAGUGGAGGCUUUACAAGGGCAUUGCAGGCUACUGCAGUGCAUAUCGUGGAGACGUGUGCCGCUCCAUCCUGCAAGACGAUUUGCUGGUUUUCUUUAACUCCUCCCUCUCGGACCCAGAGGACAUGCAGGAGUACCUGGUUCAGAGUUGGUGGACGGAGCUGGAAGGACUCAGUAUGCUGUGUAGCCCCGCAGUCCGCUCAUUGCUGUGCCACUCCUCCUUCCCUGCCUGCAACCCAUCAGGGUUAGGACCGGCACCCAAACCUGUCUGCAGGGAACACUGCCUGGCAGUGAAGGAGCUGUACUGCCAUAAGGAGUGGUUGGUACUAGAGGGCAGCAGUUUAGUCCAGCCUGGCCUCUUCAGCUCUGUCACUGGGUCCCACACUCCCACUUCACUGCUGCCCAACUGUCAGGCCUUACCAAGUCUUCGCACAGACCCUGAUGCUUGCACACAUGUCCCUUUUGUAGACAUAAAGAGAGAUCAAAUUACAACAAUAUGUUACAAUGACAGAGGCCGUUUCUACCAAGGCAGCAUAAAUGUGACGAGGUCUGGGAUACCGUGUCAGUCAUGGAGUCAGCAGGUUCCCCACCAGCACCGCCUCUCUGUGGAUGUGAUUCCAGAGUUGAAGAAUUCAGAUAACUACUGUAGGAACCCAGGAGGAAUCAGCGAAAAGCCCUGGUGUUACACCUCAAAUCACAACAUACGCUGGGAGUACUGCGCUGUGCUGCAGUGUGGGGAGACUAGCAUGGUAUCAGGGAUGAAGCCAGAGUCACCAGGCCCUCGUCAGACUCCUCGUCUCCCUCCCACGACCACAGUAUCGUCUCCAGCUUACUCCAUGUCCGUCAUCGUCAUCAUCCUGACAGCUCUCGCAGCCACAGUCUUCCUCACCAUCAUCAUCCUUGCCUGCCGCAGACGGAGGAAGCAGUGGAGAAACCGGAAGAGAGCGAUGGAGACCCCGACGCUCAGUGCUCUGCCGUCGGAGCUCCUGCUGGAUCGACUCCACCCAAACCCCAUGUACCAGCGGGUUCCCCUGCUGCUGAACUCAAAGCUGCUGGCCCUCGAAUAUCCCCGAAAUAAUAUCCAAUAUGUUAGAGAUAUUGGAGAGGGAGCCUUUGGACGGGUUUUCCAAGCCAGAGCGCCAGGCCUGCUGCCAAUGGAGUCGUUCACGAUGGUGGCUGUGAAGAUGCUGAAGGAGGAAGCCUCUGCUGACAUGCAGAAUGACUUCCAGAGAGAGGCAGCACUAAUGGCUCAGUUUGACCAUCCAAACAUCGUACGACUCCUAGGUGUGUGUGCAGUGGGUAAACCCAUGUGUCUGAUGUUCGAGUACAUGGCCCACGGUGACCUCAAUGAGUUCCUGCGUCGCCGUUCUCCAACCCAAUCGGUGCGCACCCUCAGCCGCGCCAGCCUGUCGGGUCGCAGUUUUUCCUCUGAGCUGGAGGCGGGACUUCUCUCCUGUGCUGAGCAGUUGUCAAUUUCCAAGCAGAUCGCUGCAGGAAUGGCCUACCUCUCAGAGCGCAAGUUCGUCCAUCGUGACCUUGCAACCCGGAACUGCCUGGUCGGGGAGGAAAUGGUUGUGAAGAUUGCCGAUUUCGGCCUCUCCAGAAACAUCUACUCAGCUGAUUACUACAAAGCCAAUGAGAAUGAUGCCAUACCCAUUCGCUGGAUGCCCCCUGAGUCUAUUUUCUAUAACCGCUACACCACUGAAUCUGACGUGUGGGCCUAUGGCGUAGUGCUGUGGGAGAUUUUCUCCCAUGGGAUGCAGCCGUACUACGGUAUGGGUCAUGAGGAGGUUAUUUACUAUGUGAGGGAUGGCCACAUCCUCUCCUGUCCCGAGAACUGUCCUCUGGAGCUGUAUAAUCUGAUGAGGCUUUGUUGGAGCACACACCCAUCAGAUAGGCCCAGCUUCAGUAGUAUACAUCGGAUACUGGAGCGUAUGCAUCAGAACACACUAAGCAUCAAUGCUGACACUGAGGCUGACUGCUAAUUGGGGGAAACCUCUGACAAAUUAAAAACAUCAGACUUAUUUAGUGAUUUGGUGCCUGAAAACACACUUUAAAUGAGCCAAAGAAUACAUACAAAAAACAUUUUUAUCAUAAGCAACUGUAAUGUUUUAGUUUUGCUCAGUUUGCUUUUUUCAGUUCAGGAAUUGUUUUGAAGGAAAAAUAGAGUUUUCAGACCUGAUGUAUUUACCAGCACAUAUCCAUCAGAACGGUCAGCUUUAUUUAUUAAAAAUGUUAAAUGCAUGUAUGAACAGACUCUUACCUUAACUUGAUCCCCCUACCUGAAGCCCCAAACCCUGCAGAUACCCUCUAACCAUUUUAGAUACAGAUGCACAAGCUGUUACAAAUGGUCUGACUACUAAACAUUAGUGAUAGAAAGAGAAUGGGACAUGACAGUUAAAACCUAAUUCUGACAUAUAAACCUGUCUUGUUAUUGUCACCUCUAGCAAAUUCCACAGCGGCACACAAUCACUUUAAACCACUGCUGUCGAUUGUUUUUAUAGAAGUUGCUAUUCCAUUUUUGGGCAUUCUCGUUUAACUUUUUCUCUUUUUCAUCAUGUUGUUGAUUUUUGUUGUUUUUUUGUGUGCUAAUUUUACUUUUUGACAGUGUUUGACACACAGUUUGAUAUGAGUAAAAUAAAGCAGCAUUGGUAAAAAUUGGUUUUCCAACUUGCGUCAUCGCCCAUAAAUCUCUCACUUUAUUAUUUAUUACAACUCUCUCAAAUGAUCAUUUUGCAGAAAUUCAUUAACUAAAUUCAUUCCCGUACCUUAAAUAGACUAUUUAGCAAGUGAAGAAUGGACAAAAUGUACCCAAUGUUGAAAAAUAUCCUCAUUCUGAAAGAGUCGAUGUUUAACUGGUUCUGACAAAGAUCUCUCUCUUACAGAUCAAACUUUGCUCUGGUCUCAUUUCAACUGUGUUAAAUUGAAUUAGGGUCAUAUUAUUACACAAUUUCAGUACAGUAUUACAAUCAUCUCUUCUUUGUCAUGUGGAUUACUCAAAGCAGUUUUUGUUUUGUUUGAUCUAAUUAAGAGGUUAAUAUCAAAUGAGACUCGCCUUUCAGAUGAAUGAGAUGUUUUAUUUCUUCCUAAAUAUGGUGUGACAUUAUGUUUUUGUCAUUUGUUACGUAACAUAAUGAUGAAGAUUUUGCACUUGAACUCUGGCUUGAGUUUUGCAAACACCAAAGUUUCUCUUACCCACUUGUAAUGGGAGGGUCAAGCUAGGGUAUAGGCAACAACUACACUGCUAGAUGCCUCUAAAUCCUACACUCUGGACCUUUCAGUAUGAUAUUUCUUUGUAUCACUUGCAAUUAAACAUAAUAAUUAAAAACAUUUGUAUUUGA